GGGAUGGUUUGACCCAGAAGACGAAAACCAGGGAGGGACAGAAGGCCGGCAAGGAAGGUCCUGAUAACAGUAUGGCAGGCGAGGCCAGCAGCUCCGAGGGCGGCCUUGGGAAGAUAGUGUCGUCCCUCGCGCGAGCACUAAACAAAAAUCAAGGCUACCUAGUGGAUGCUAAGAAAACGUUGACGUUUGAUGGGGCGAACAUCACGGAAUUCCUGAUAGAUUACGAGAAUCUGGUUGCGCUGUUGAAAUGGACUGAAGAGGAGAAGAUGGACCACCUGGGGCAGCAUGUGUCUUUGACUCUAAGGCGGGACAUAAUGGCCAUUGUGGCCUCGAGCCGGUCUUGGAAAGAAACCCGGGAUGUGAUGAUGAGAAAGGAUCUGGCAGCAGAGAAGAUGGCAACGGAGGCCGAUUUAGCGGCAGUCCAGAGGAAGAAUUUCGCAACGUACAAUGACUUCCUACGACAGUUUACUUUGGUAGCACUAAGAAUCCCCGGGGUUACGGACCGAAUAAUGAGUAAGUACUUCCUCAGACAGUUCUUUGAGUUCGACAAGGACAAGAUCCUGUCGGCUUGCCAACAAACGAGCAAAUUUGUAAACACUAGGGAUGUUGAUUUCAGUACGGUAACGGAUCUGGCCGAGAAGACGGUAGUGACUGAGACAUUGGCCUUGCUUAAGGAAGAAGCUGAGCCGGUGGUCGAUAUCAUUUGGGAUCAACUGCGGGGCCGCGGGCCGCAGAUCAACUUUAUUUUGGAAAACGACGGACGUGAUAGGGUGAACACAACCACUCGACUAGGAACGGCUGGGAGAAGGAUUAACUGUGAUGCCGUUAUGGAGGAGGUCGCCGGAAGCUCAGAACCCCAGGCAGAACCUGGGGCCGAGGAACCAGAGAAAGUCUAUGGGACGCCUAGGGAAGAGGAGCCUGCGGACAAGGUUACCGCCGCUAAGAAGAAGUUUCGAUAUCAAAUUCCGAUCUUAACCUUGCCUGAGAUCGACGACAUCAUUAGCAAGUUACGAGGAACCAUGGUGUCGGUGUCUUUUCAGACCAUGCUGCAGGCUAGCCCUAGGUUGCUCAAAGGGCUUAGACAACUGUUGACUCGGCGGCGAGUAGAAAUAGGCGACAACCCCGAAUUACCAGAAGGGGAGAGGGAGGAGGAAGCUCCGCAAGAAGUGGCUAACCUUCAGAGGAGUCACGGGGACUUGGAGGAUCUCGAGAAAGCUUUCGCAUACAUUCGUUUGAGCUUGCCCGACCGAGAGGGCGGCGAAGUCAUGAGGUCACCACCCGGGACAAAGCUUAGCUUUCAUGCAUUACCCGUAGGGAAGCUGAAAAUCCAGAUCGGGACUGAGGAUACCGACGCGUUAGUAGAUGGGGGAGCAGAAAUCACUCUCAUAAGGAGAGAUUUCGCAAUGAUCACGGGAUGUACGGUAAACAAGGAAGUAACAGGGAGCAUCCAAGGAGCUGGCGGGGAAAUCCCCUUCGCUGGGUACGUCACGAAGUGUGCUGUAAAGGCAGGAGUUGGGGAAUCGAUCUGGUCUUUUCAGCGGAUGACCGUAAUGGAGGAAAUGGACCACGACAUAAUCCUCGGGAGACCGUGGUGCGCGAACGUGGAGAUGAUAGGCAUGCACUUGCAUGAUGGCUCAUACAUGGUAGAGAUAGAGGACCCAGUGACCGGCCGGGGAGAGCUCCUCCGACUCCUUGGAACGGGAGGAGACCCCCCGAAGGGGAAAUUGGCAACAUGGUCGCCGUCGUUCGAGGAUAGCACGCGAAAAGGGGCUUUCGCACGGAUGGAGGGUCAGCUACAGAUGCAAGUGACCCCUAUGGGAUUCACAAACGCGGUGGCCGAAGCACAACGCACAAUGCUCGCCGUGGCCAGGGACAUGUUCCCAGAAAAAUGUGAGCCUUACAUCGAUGACAAUCCGAUCAAAGGCGCGCAGGAGAAGAACGAGACGGAAGUCCAGCCAGGGAUCCGAAGUUUUGUGUGGGACCACCUGCAGGACAUCAAGGACUUACUCCGCGGGUUCCUAGUAUACAACAUUACGGCUAGUGGACCAAAGAGUAUCCUAGCAGUGCCGGAGGUAACUAUACUAGGAUUUCGUUGCGGUGCUUAUGGCAGGAAGCCAGAUCCGGCAAAGACCGACAAGAUAUCACAGUGGCCGACACCACUGCGCACGACGACGGAGGCCUACCUGUUUGGGAGGCGGUUCAUCCUUAGGAUCGAUCCGACGAACCUGGCAGGGGCCUUAAAGAAUUACAGGCUUAUAGAUCCGACGGUGGGGAGAUGGGUAGGAUUUAUCUUGCAGUUCGAUUACAAAAUCGAACGGAUUGUGGGAAUUAGGAACAAGGUCGAUGGAUUGAGCCGGGUCUGCAUCACUCCCGAAGGGAUGGAGAAUGCGGAGCCCAUAGACGCAUUCCUCGAAUACAAAGGAGGAACCCUUGCGGUGGAUAACGAAAUGAUGAGCGAAGAGUGCGCAUUGGGAGAACUAUUGAUCCAAACUUUGGAGAAGGGGGCACCUGCCGUAGUAGCAGAACUUAGAGAAGGACCAGUCUCCACUCGGGGACGCAGAGAAGAAACGGACUCAUGAGGAGCGAUAGUAGGACCGAAAGAGGAACUAAUAGCAAUGGCGGUCGAGGGAGGCCGGGAAGCAGUGAUAAACUAAGUGGAAUCUU